UACUAGCAUUGCCAUUGCCUGUGCCCGUGUCUAUAGUUGCUUAACCAAUACACUUGUACUUGGGAAAUCAGAUAAAAAGCAUAAAAUCACUAAUGUUACAGUCGAAUAUUUUUGGAUUACGACCAAUAAAAUAUCACAAAAAACGUUUGUGCCAAACAUCAUAAGCUACGGGAGCGCUACGGCUGCAGGGGACCGGUUGAUUCUUUACAUAAAAUUUCAAUGUGUUCUGGAAAUGGUUUGCAAAGAGGACGUGGUAUCAUGGUUUAAAGAAUUGGAAAGCUAUAAACGCAUAGACGCAAUGUGUACAUUGUUAAAUAUGUGCUUACCAUUCGAAUUGCGCUUUAUUGGCACAUACCUAGAAGAGCUCGGUAAGCGGGAUUUUCAGGAGUUGCGUGGUGCCGAACUCAGAGCCAAUAACCCUACAGACCUGGCUGCAGAUAUCGGUGGCGCCAACACAGACCCAAGAACGCGACGAAAAAUGGCUUUGUAUGUGUCGUUGUUACGCUCGUGCAACUUUGCGUGCGCCACAACGCUGUACAAUGCCAUGGUUAGCUUAGAGCAAAGUGGCCUUUUAAAGGGUCUUUACGGUGAUCUUUUGGAGGAAAUUCUACUCCUAUACACAAUGGCUUUACAUCAUCCAGCAUUUACCUUUGAUCAAAAGUCACAUUUUGGUGAGAUAUUAGAGAAAUUGAAAUUGGAAGACCAGAGAAUACAAUUUCAAGAACAACCAGAACAUAUAAACGUAGCACCAGUGAGUGUAUGCCAUACCCAACCUAGUGUCACCCCUAAUAUGUCUGUCCCACCACCCAGCUUGUCGGGCUUGGGGCCUCCGCCAGGUAUCAUGUUUGUCAAAACACCCGGGGUGCAGCCUCCGAGUACAGAUUCAGUGCCUGAACUAAGUUCCCCACCAGUUUUAACUGGUGCAGGAGGUGUUGUGCCCCUGCUUGGGGAAGUGACACAUCCACCACCGGGUUUGCCCAUGCCUCAAUACAAUUUGGGAGAAUAUAUGGGACAACAUGCUUGGCCAGGAAACAUUAUAGUACCACAACCUUUAGAGGUGUUAAAUUACCCAGUGGGCGCGGGAGCAGCUGCAGGCGGCAACCCGCCAGUGGUUGGGGCGCCGUCGUCGCCACUGGUGUCGCCGGGCGACAGUCGCGCAGCGUCGCCUCGCAGUCGCCGGCGACUGUCGCGCGACCGCUCGCCGCCACCACCCAUCCCUCCGCACGACCAGGGACUAGCGCUACACUUCGAAACAUUAGCUCUUGCCGAGAUGGAAGGCGUGGAGCGGCUGCAGCGGAGACACCUGGGCGACGAGCGGCUGGGCGCGCACGCGUACCGCUCGCUGGAGAAGCUCAACGGCGUGCGCAAGCGCUCCGGCGCCUUCUGUCCCGCGCGCUCCUCCUCCGACAGCGGCUCCAGCGCCGCCUCCUCCCCGCCCGGCACGCCGGCGCCGCCCCGCCGCGCGCCUCCGCCGCUGCCCUUCGUGCCCUAUCCGCGGCCCUACGCCUACCCCGGCCCGCCGCCCGCCUACCGCCCGCCGCCGCCGCCCUUCGCCAACGGCGAGCCGCCGCCGUACCCGGCGCCGCAGUUCACGGGCUUCGUGCCGGUGCUGUACGCGCCGCCCAAGCUGUCGUGCUGGAACUGCGGCGCGGCGGGGCACGCGGGCCACGAGUGCAAGGAGCCCAGCAUGGAGGAGAUGACGCGCGCGGGCGGCUACCAGCUGGACUUCGGCGGCGCGCCGCCCGACGUCGACAAGUAGCUCCGUCCGCCGGCGCCGAGCGCCGGCCCUGACGUCGUCCAUCACGGCCCAGUACCGGCGAGGCGGUCCCGUGCCCGGAAGGAAUACGAUAAACCUAUGAAGUUAAUAUUAUGUGCGCUUUGGGACUAACUUUUUACAGUGAUGAUUUUUCAUUUAUUAUGUUUAAGAGUAAUUGCACUUUCAAUUUAAAUUCUCCUAAGUUUCACACAUUCCAAUAUAUUCCAUAUGAUUCAAAUUUGAGCCUGAUCAUAUAGCCAUCCCCUAGCUAAGUUGACAGGAAAUGAAAGCAGAUUGUAUUAAUAAAUAUAAUAAUAAUUUUGUAGACAGCAGUUCAAAAUUGAUAUUGGUAUAUUUCAUAGUCAAAUUGUGUUUUUAUUUUAAAAAUAUCAAUAGACGUAAUUUUUGUUCGAAGGUCCUGAUUAAUUUGUUUUUCCUCAUCAUGUUUGUAAAAAAAAUACUAAAAUGUCCGCCUGUGCAUUUCCGUAAAUAGCCUCUUGCUUUCCUCUUAAAUUUCAAAUAAAAUAAGCAAUUAUUAUUUUGGCCAACAUUUUAUUUUAUACAACAGACGUAAAUUCUAGUCAGUGACUAUUAUUUGAUAAUUCUUAUUUAUGCUAUAAAACUUCUAACCUGAUUUGAAAGUGCAGUUAAUUUUAAACAUUUGAUGGCUGCUAGCUGUUAUGUAUUAAGAAUUUGGAGGGAAUUCCAUUUUAAUUUGACUAUGACAGCAGCAGAAUUAGCUAUAGGCGAAAAGUAUACUAUCGAAAUUAUGUAAAGCAUGUGCAAUUCAUAGAUUUUAAUAUUAUGAAACCCCUGCAUGAAAAAAAUAGAAUGUGAUUAGUUAAGAUAUUUUUUUGUCAAUCACAUACAAUAGUCAUGUAACAUAUUUUGCAAAAAACUAAAGGAAGUUAUUUCCAAGAAAAUGAUAAAAAAAAAGUUUAAUUCAUAGGAUAUAGUUUCACAAACUCAUACAAUUAUAUCUCUAUUCUAAACUGAAAAUGAUGAAAUCUGUAAAGAAAUCCUACAUUUGUUAUGUUUUAGAUAUGCUCAGAGAGAAAUACAUUCAUAUUUUAAAAUUAUUGAAUCAACCUUUUUGAAAUAUUUUAUUUGGAAUUACGAAACGUAACUACCAAAGUAUGUGUUUAUAUGUUUAUGUUAAUAUUAAAUAUAUUCACAUUGAUAUGUAUCAUCUUUGAUCAGUUAGUUACUAAAUCGAAAAACGUCAAUAAUGCAUUGAGUUUGUGGAUUAGCCAGACUACUGUUAUUAUUUGUAUUGAUUUCUAAUGUAUUUUAAAUUAGUUUUUUUAAAUGACUCAAUUGCCAUUAUAAGGUUUGAAUUUAUGAUUACUGGGUUUACAUUUUAACGAAUGUGCCAUAUUGGAAUUAAUUAAUUGGUAGAAAAUUAUAUCAAUCAUUUGAUACCAAAACCAAAUGAUUGAUGAAUAUUAAAAUAUAUGUAAAAUGUCUCGUAAAAAAACUAAAACCAGUGUUAAGGCCUCACUUAGGGCAGCUUUUUGAGAUAAACGUGUAGUACACCCCUUAGUACAAGUUUCAAUCUCUAUAUGUUAAAGAGAACGUUAAGUUAAGCGACAUUUGACUUAAAUAUCAUAGGGGAAUAUUGAUUACGAUUGAGAUUUAGGUAAUGUUAUGAAUGGAUUACGAAUGUUUGUUUUCUCAUGUUGUAUUAGUUGUAAAAUCAAAUAUCGUAAUAUUUCACUCUGCUGCUGUUUGAUAUAUAAUAUUUAUUAUCUUCGACUAGUUAUAUGUGGUGUAUUGUGAGUUAACCUAUAGCCAGAGCACCAAUUGCCAUGGGAAUGCUCAUUGGAAUUCCCUAAAAUUCUAUGUUUCUUUCUUUCUUUCACAACCGACCUUUAUACAAUUAUACCACAUACCGUCGAAAUCGGACUAUUACGAAUUUUAGACUAAAAGAGUACUGAAUUGUUUCCUUUGAUCCAAGACUGAUUGCUAUGCUAGCUAAUGGUUGGGCUUCAGAGAUUUGUAUCUAUAUAUUUUAUUGACCGAAUGUCGAUGAAGCCUAAACGAUUUUAAAACAGGAAUGUUUCUCCAGUGGUAAAUAAGGGAUAUUAGGUAUUUAUUUGACAAAAUGUAAAAAUAUUUAAGAAAUUGACAACACAUACAGUUUGUAUGUUCACACAUUAAAACCAUUCUAUGAAUUGAACAAGGGAUUAUUUUGAUCAAGCUCACGAAAACGCAAUGCUCUUAAAUUAAUGUUUAUAUAGUCAUUGUAAAUAACGGAUAUGUAAGAGAGGUUGGUCACGUCUCAUGACGUGCCUUAUUGUAAAUAUUCAGUUUAUAUUAGUUAAUAUUUAGAGAUUGAGUAUAUUUGUAAAUUACUUUGUAAUAUUUUGAGUGUCCCUAUAGAAUAAUAUUCAAUUGUUUCUCACGGUCACAAAUCACAAUUUUUGCAUUUUAAACGUCCCAGUUUCGAAAAAGUUCAAAUUAGAAAGGUUGUAAUAAUUGUUUUUGCAUAAUUAUUAAAAUGUAUGUUUUUAUAAUCGUGUCAGAUGCGUCACACGCGUGGGUGGGUGCUGGGUUGUCGCUGAGGCCGAUUGUUCCUAACUUGCCGUCGCCAUUGUAUCCAUUGGUACAUGUAAUCCCUUCCUAGUAGGUCAUGUAUUCUCUUUUGAACGCAUUUAUAAUAAGUGACAUAUAUUUGUUUAUUCUUGUACUUAUAUUACAAAUAUAACACUUGGUUAAUUUGAAUCUUUAGGAACAUUAGUUAUCAACAUAUCACGUGAUUAAUCUUGCUGAAUGUUUGCAAUAAACUUCACGAAGAGAAUUCAUCUCCUGUCUUAAGAGUUAAAAAAAUGUUUUUCUUUAAAUUUAUAUAAAGAUAGGACUAUUGUAAAUUACAUAAAUUUCAUCACUCCUUAAGAAGGUUGUAAGUCCUUGUAACGUAAUUAUUGUGUUAUUUAUAACUUAACAAGUUAUUAUGAUAUUUAAAACAAGUUGAAUUUAGAUUAAACAUAGAAAGAAUAACUUAUAUUGUAUGUUUAAGUAUGCCUAUCCAUAGACCGCUGUAGGUACCACUCGUCAAAGUAAGAAUAGCAUGGUAACUGCAUAUCAUUUUUUAGUAUUUAUGAUUGUGAUAUGAAGCGGAUUUGACACCCUGACAUGUGAGUGCGUUGUGGCUUUUACAAAAAUUAAUAAAGUACAUUUUCAGCGAACGAGUAACUAUACCAGUGCCUAAUUAUACCAGUUCCGAGUGAAAACAAUACAGCAGAAUAGUAAAUUAAAAUUAUCGUUGCCAUCUUCAUGCAUUUUAUUUUGAAUAGUGGAAGUAUGAAGGUAUUUUUUUACUUUGUACAGAAUGUUAUAAAUGUGAUAAAUAAUUUUGACAUAAUUAGAAAUGUGAUUUAGUAAGGUGUGUAGUUUAUGAUAAAAUAAAAGUUCUUUACUAAAUAAAUUGUACUAUCUUACAGCUAUCUAUAAAGUUGUUUCUCCACAUUUUUAUAUUUGGGUACUUAUGUAUUCUAAGCUGUUGUACUACUAAUUAAAAAAAGAAUUGAAAUCGUCAAACGCUUCAGGAAAGAUAAUGUUUCGGCCCAGUAUUGUAAGACCUCUGUAUCCCACCAAUGCUGUGAAUCAUUUGCUUCCUGAGAAAUAAACAACCAAAACUGCA